UUCCCGUAAAACGGAAACGGAAAUUCACAUGCUAUGUUAGCAACAUUACCAGGAAAAGUAGCUUUUUGAAGAAUCGUUCCUCUUACGUUAGGUGGCUGCAUAUGUGUAAUUCAGAGCUUACGCGUUAAACUUCAUGUUUUUUUGUGUGUGUCUAUUGAUGUAAAUUAUAUAAAUGCGUUAUGUGUUAGCCGCCGGUAGUUACUAGCUAUCGUUAGCGUAAAUUCACGGUCUGGCUGUUGCUGCUGCUUUGUUGACGCCUAGCUGCGGAGAAGAAUCUGAAGCCAGAUUAGUAAUAUGGCAGACCCUGCACGGAUCAAGACCGAUGAUAUACCUGAGAGGACAACCUCUGCCGACGAGAAGCACCUGAAAUCAGAGGAAAGUGAAAAUGCUCCUGUCACAGAAAAACCUGCAAAUGAAAACAUAGAGUUGUCUUCGCAAGAUCAGCCUAAAGAGAUUAAACAUGAAACACAAGGGGGAGAAGAUGAGGAAGAGGGAACCUCUGGCCAGCCUCCUUCUAAAAGGUUAAAGGUAGAACCCGAGAAGAAAAAGGAGAAGCGCCACAAGGUUGAUGAAGAUGAAAUACAGAAGAUGCAGGUUUUGGUUUCAUCCUUUUCUGAAGAGCAGCUGAAUCGCUAUGAGAUGUACAGGCGUUCUGCAUUCCCUAAGGCUGCCAUUAAAAGGCUCAUCCAGUCCAUAACAGGGUCAUCAGUGUCCCAGAAUGUGGUUAUUGCCAUGUCUGGUAUUGCAAAGGUCUUUGCUGGGGAAAUCGUUGAGGAAGCACUGGAUGUUUGUGAGAAGUGGGGUGAUACACCACCACUUCAGCCUAAGCACAUGAGGGAAGCAGUGAGGAGGCUGAAGAGCAGAGAUCAGAUUCCUAACACAAAACACAAGAACAUUCUCUUUCACUGACACACACCUGAGCUGCAGCUGGUAUGAGGAUGAUGGAGUGAUCCCAGUGAUUUAAUCAAUGGCGCACAAUGGAAGACUCAACAUGCAGCCGCUUUACACACCCUGCAGCCAAGUAGGCAGUGUAGUCCCAAAGUACAGUUAAGACAGCUGCAAAAUAAAGUUGAUUAGAUUUGCUAAGGUGAACAUUUUUCUCAUCCUUCAGUGUUUUCAACAGAAUGUUGAGAAAUCAUGAUUUUAAUUAACCUGUUUUAUAUUCCAGUCAACAUUUUUUUUUUUUCCUUUCUUUAUGGAAAGUGUCAUGACUCAUACAUUUGAAAACCUUCCUAUCUUUUAAGCUCCUUCCUCUCCAUAGUCAAUAGUAUUACAUUACUUCAUGUCACACCCCCCUCCCCACUUGUUUGACCAUGAACUGGAAAUAGUUUGGACUCAAGAUAGUUAAAUCUUUUUCCAGAGUUACUGAAAAGGUCCUUGAAAAACUAGGUGCUUAUCAUUCAGGUUAUUUUAAUUUUCAUGUGUUGUAAGUUUGUGAACGGGGCUCAAUGAACUGUGUUGAAAUUGUAAUUGUAAAUACUUAGUUUGCAUCACACUUGUAAAAUGACCAGAAUGUUAAUUGGAACAGUUGAAAGUUUUUGUAUAUGUUCAGACAGUGUGAAUUCUGUCACAUACAAACAUGCGUUCACUCAAAAAAUAAAUAGAGAACCAAAA